CCUACGUCUGCUCUCUCUCUCCGGCAGACAUGCCCUGUGUGCAGGCUCAGUACGGGCCCGCCCCCCCAGGCUCAGCCUACUCUGGCCAGUCCUUCAGUUACCAAGGCGACAGCUACAGCUCUGACCUCAUGACCCCUGAUUACACCAAGCUGGAACUUGGUGGUGGUGAGAUCUCCGCUGCCGCCACCACGUCCCUCCCCAGCUUCAACGUCUUUGUGGAGGGGAGCUACGAGCCCAAGUCCUCCUGCCUCUACCAGAUGCCGACACACCGGCUCAUCAAGAAGGAGGAGGAGAGCUACCCGACGGCUCCGCCCAUGGAGGCCAUGUCCUCCUCCACCAUGUACUUUAAACAGUCUCCCCCCUCCACCCCCACUACCCCGUCCCUGCCACCCCAGCCUGGCACCUCCUUCCUUUGGGACGACCACCCCCUGGCCCCUCCGUCGCACCCCCACUCUCUGGGCUCCCUGGAGACGGGCCCUCUCAAGUCGCCCCGCUUUCCGCACUUCUACCAGCACUCGCCGCCACACAGCGGAGGCAGCAUCGGGGGUUACGAUAAUCUCGGUGGUGGACUAGUUCGCACCUCCUCCUCUUCCUCCUCCUCCUCAUCCUCGGUCUCCCAUCCUCACUGUCCACCCCUGGAGCAGCCCAUGUACCAGCUGCACCGCGGGGCCGGGGGCAGCAGCCUCGCCUUUCGUUCCCUGACUCUCGGGCACUGUGGCCCCCUACUAGGAGACAGCCUGCCAUCGCCUCCCCAGCGGGGCCUCCAGGGAGAGGGCACCUGUGCGGUGUGUGGGGACAACGCGGCCUGCCAGCACUACGGCGUACGCACUUGUGAGGGCUGCAAGGGCUUCUUUAAGCGCACCGUGCAGAAAAACGCCAAGUAUGUGUGUCUGGCCAGUAAGAACUGUCCUGUGGACAAGAGGAGACGCAACCGCUGCCAGUACUGCCGCUUUCAGAAGUGUCUGAGUGUGGGCAUGGUCAAGGAAGUGGUACGCACAGAUAGCUUAAAGGGGCGCCGAGGCCGUCUGCCUUCCAAACCAAAGAGCCCCCUGCAGACAGAAGGGUCUCCUCCUUCCCCACCCCUUAGUUUGCUCUCCGCUCUGCUCAGGGCGUAUUCCCACUGCACACCCCGUGACCUCGACUACAGCCAGUUCAGUACUUCGGACCCUCCCUCCUCCUCCUCUGAGGCUGAGCACAUCCAGCUCUUCUACAGACUGCUCACCAUCUCAAUGGAGACCACGCGAUGCUGGGCUGAUCGGCUGCCUGGGUUCUCCGAGCUUCAGCGCGACGAUCAGAACUUGCUCAUAGACUCUGCCUUCCUGGAGCUGUUUGUCCUACGAAUGGCUCACAGGUCGAUGCUGUCAGAGGAUAAACUCAUCUUCUGUAACGGCUUGGUGCUGCACAGGUUCCAGUGCCUUCGUGGGUUCGGAGAGUGGCUGGACUCCAUCCGGGACUUCGCCACCCACCUCCAGAGCCUAAACCUGGACGCCUCUGCCUUCGCCUGCCUGGCCGCCCUCGUACUGCUCACAGGUAAAAACACAUCAAAAUCUCAAAAAUCCCAGAAAAAACUGUUAUAUGAUAGUGAGGAAAACUGCAUCCUGUUUUCAAAGUUGGAUGCCUCACUCCGCCAUACACAAACAACAUCUGUCAAUCACACAAGCUACCCAUUCGUGAAUACAGAUACAAAUCCGCAAACACUUUCUUUCCUUUGUCCAGAGCUUUGCCCUCUGGGUGAUUCAUUGUGACAGUGAUCAGGUGGA